CCUCAGGGAAAACAUCGGAAUCAAUAGUACACCGGUUCAGUUGUUGCUCAAGACAACCAUUUGAUGAUUUGUACAUUCACUUUGUGUUUUAUAUGUGAACAGCUAUGGUGUCCAUGAUGAUGCAGGCCUUUCUUGUGGUGACAGUGAUUACAGCAGUCAUGAUGUAUCUUGUGUACUUGGGAUACUUUGACACCGUGCACACUGAGGUUGGCAGACAGUUCUAUGCAGAGCGCUACUCAGCAAAAUGGAGUAAAGUGUUCCCACCAUGGCUUAACAUGCCAUACAAUACAUUUGUCAAUUUAGGCUACAUUGUUGUUGGAGCAUUUUAUUGUGCAAAGACAUCUGUGUCUCUCCAUGUUAAACAGAUCACAUCAUCUGACAGUGUUUUAUUUUACACCUUUAACAUAAUGGCCACUUUUUAUGGUGCUAUUCAAGCUGUGCGUAUCUUGACUCAGUUUCAUCGAUCAGCUGUGCUUGACCAGUGGUACACCCUCCCAUUCUUUAUGUGGGUGUUUGUGUGGUCAAGUCACUUAGAUUCAGGGAUUGGAAUAAAGGGCAUGGUCUCUUGGAUGGCCAUUUCCUUAUUGUCCUACUGUCUGACUCUUGUGCACAUGCAUGGGUUUGAAAUUGCCUUAGCUCUACAUAUACUGUUUGCAGUAUAUGGUGCUAUUACUAUUUAUAGAAAAUUCCCUAUUAAGGAGGCUCAGCAACCUUUUAUUUGGGCCCUGAUAUUCUGUGCAGGAUUUGUGUUUCUUAAAUUAGCUGAUCUAGAGCUACCCAACCUAAAUCCAAUGUUUGAGAAGAUAUCAGGACAUUUUUUAUCUAAAAUUGCAGAUAUUUUACAAAUAUAUUGUGUCAAUAAAUAUUUUGAAAUAUUAACGCUAUACAAAAAUAGUGUGCAAAAUAAAAAAUCCAAGUAACUCAAGUUUUGCUUA